AUGGACUUAAAUACCUUGUUGACAAACGCAAAUGAAGGAGACAUAAACAUUCGUCAGCCUGCAGAGCAGCAGAUUCUUGCCGCCUCACAGCAGGACUUCCCUGGCUUCUUGAAUGCUCUAUCUUUGGAGCUGCGAAACAAUGAUAGAUCUUCAAAAGUUCGUCAAAUGGCUGGUAUCCUUAUGAAGAAUUCCAUUUGUUCAAAUAACCCAACUACCAAUGACUUGUACGCUAAGCAAUGGUUGGCCCUUCCAGAAAACGCAAAGAAUGAGAUCAAGAACAAUUUGUUGAACACAUUGCCAUCUCCAAACUUUGAGGCUCGUCACACCGCUGCCCAAGUCGUCUCUAAGAUCGCCCUCGUCGAGCUGCCCCAAGGCCAGUGGGGUACCCUCAUUCCAAUGCUCCUGGAGAACAUCCAGCAGACCAAUGAGCAGCUCAAACAGACCACCUUGCAGACAAUCGGUUACAUUUGCGUUGAGAUUAAACCAAGCGUGAUGGCAGCAUUCUCAGAUAGAAUAUUGACGUUGAUCGUUCACGGCAUGAGAGAUCCAAACCCUGAUGUCAAGUUGGCCGCCUCCAAUGCCAUGUGCAACGCGUUAGAGUUUGUCCGUAACAACUUUGACAAGAAGCCAGAGAGAGACCACAUCAUGCGUGUCAUCUUUGAGACCUGUAUGAUCACAGAGAAUGCCAACGUCAGGAAGUCUGGUUACGAGAACCUCGUCAAGAUCGUCACACUCUACUACGACUACAUCAUGGAGUACAUGGGUGAUAUCUUUGAGUUGACGACCAAGGCAAUUGAGAGUGACCCAGAUGAGGGAGUGGUGCUACAGGCCAUCGAGUUUUGGACUUCGUUGUCUGAGGAGGAGAUCAACCUACAGGAUGAGGACAGAUCAAAGGAUGUUAUGAUGAAGGCCUUGCAGAUCUUUGUGCCAAAGAUCUUGAACACUUUGACCAGACAGGACGAGCACAACACCGACACUUGGAACGUGUGCAUGGCCGGAUCCACAUGUCUCACCUACAUUGCCCACAAUGUCGGCGACCAGGUCCUCCCAUUCGUGAUCCCAUACGUCAAGCAACACGUGCUCUCCACCGAGUGGCGCUUCCGUGAGGCCUCGUUGGUCGCCCUUGGCUCCGUCCUUGAGGGACCAACCGACUUCCACACCUUCCUCCAGGAGGUCGUCCCCGUCAUCCUGCAGCACCUGAAAGACCAGAACGAGAUGGUCAAGGACACUGCUUGCUGGACCCUGGGCCGCAUCUGUGACCACCAGAUCGAGUCUGUCAGCGACCUGCUGCAGCCAAUCCUUGGCAGCUUGCUCGAGGCCACCAAGGACCCACAGGCAAAGGUUGCCGCCAAGGCAUGCUGGGGUAUUCACAACGUCUGCCAAGCCUUUGAGUACGGACCAGUGGGCUCAGUCUCCACACUGGGUCAGAUCUUCCCAGUGCUCGCACAGAACCUGUACUUGGCCGCACUUCGUAAGGAUGCCGACGAGGAGUCCCUUCGUGUCAAUGCCUACGAGGCCUUGAACUCGCUGAUCUCCUUCUCCAUGGCUGAGGACAACCUGAUCCUUGAGGUCUUGAAGUUCAUCCUCAACGACUUUGAGAAGUCAUUUGGAAUGGAGGUGUUGAACAAGGACGAUGUUGAGAACAAGAAUCAGAUCCAAUCUUUGUUAUGUAGCACUGUACACACAAUCGCCUCGACUGUAAAGGAGAAGAUCAGACCCGACACCGAGAGGGCUCUCUAUUUAUUGUUUAAUGUAUUCAAGACCCAAAACCACAUCAUCUACGAAGAGGCCCUCAUGGCCAUCGGCUCGAUCAUCCAAGCGAUUGAGGGCGACUUCAAGCCAUUCAUGGACAGCUUCAUGCCCAUCCUCACCGUCAACCUCAGAAACGUCGAGAUGGGUGCCGUCACCAACAUCUCCAUCGGUAUCGUCUCGGAUAUUGCCCGUUCCCUCGGCAAGGAAUUCGUUCCAUACGCACCCGCCAUCAUCCCCCUGAUCAUCCAGGAUCUGACCGACACCCGUGUGUCAUCGGACGCCAAGCCCAACGCCUUCUCCUGCAUUGGAGAUAUUGCCCUCGCCAUCGGCUCCGACAUCUACCAGUUCCUGCCCGUCAUCACACCAAUCCUCGAGUCGGCCGCACAGGUCCAGGACCUCGAGGACAAGGACUAUCUGAACUCGCUCAGAGACGCCAUCUUCCAGGCAUACAGUGGUAUCAUCCACGGUCUCAAGUCUGGCAACAUGGGCGACCAGUUUGCCCAGUACAUCAGCCCCGUGUUUAACUUUAUCCAGUUGGUGUACAACGAGCGCGAGUACGGUUCACUCGAGGUGUUGAACGGCGCCAUCGGUAUGCUGGGCGAUCUGGCUACCAUCCUCGGCGAGCAGAUCAAGAUGGGACUGCGCACACCAAUGGUCAGACAGCUGCUGGACUAUGGACUGACGCAGGACACCACCAAGGAGGUUGCCCAGUGGGCUGACGAGGCCAUCUUCAAAUAA